CACGACGGACUGUGAAUAAUCCUGCAGUGCCUGACCAUCCAAUGAGCGCAUGAUAGUCACGAGAGAGGGGGACCAGCCACAGUUAUCGCAUGUGCCUUGCGCGGCAACCAGGGACCAUGGCCCACUCCAAAGGUCCGCCAACUCCGCUCCGAAAACAGGACUCUUCGUCCCCUGACCUCAAGACUAGCCGGACGACCACCACGACCCCCGCCCUCGCUGACCUUGACCUUUCACAUUUGACCUCGGAGGAAAUUGGUGCUAUUCAGAAGGUGCUAAAGAAGCAAGAGUCUUUCGAGCGACAAGCAAAGCUCAGAGCGGACCAAAUCGAGAAGGCCAUUCGCCGAUACGAGGCCACCUUAGCGGCCAGGGAAUCACAUCCGCCCAGGUCAAAGGACGAUGAUAUGCGCAUGUGCAGGCUCUGCUUUGUCCGGAAGUUCACGGACGGGCUAGGCAACACGUGCGGUGACUGCCUGCACCGGGUCUGCACUAACUGCUCCUCGCAGGUGGUUGACGGCGGUGGCACGAGCCCAACACCUAAACAUAGAUUUAUGACCAAGAUUCAUGUUAGUAUCUUCCUGAAGAUUGAUUCAACUCAGCCAGAAACACAAAAAGCGCUGGCGCUGUAA